GCUCACUCGCAUACACACAGACACACAGCACACAUACACACGCACACGCACGCACUCAUCCUGUUAGAUGUUAACAGCGUUUUUCAUGGUCGUGCAUUGUCAGGGGCUCACGCUUUCAAGCGACUUGUUGAGCGCCCAGCAUGUACGCCACUGGACAUACAUUUUUCUCUUAAACGCACAGGAACAGAAGCUCAGCUAGGAUGCUGCUGCUGCUGUUGCUGCUGCUAUUGAGGCCGCAGUUCGCAUUUCGCAGCGCCCGCAAGUAGGUUACACAUUUUUAGUCGCUCUCCCGAUUUAUUAAAUCAAAUUGUGAGAUUAACUACUCAAUCACCACAUACAUUCCCGAGCACAUUUAGAUAUUGUAAUUUCACGAAAUGGAGUACAAACUGAUCACAGCUGACCACUUUGAGCGAGUGAUCGAACAUUUGCGUCGCAAUUUUUUUGCUGAUGAGCCACUGAAUCGUGCUGCUGGCCUCUGCCAGCACGGGGGUGGCAACGCUGAACUGGAACAUCACAGUCUGACAACGCUGCAGGAUCAGCUAAGCAUCAUGGCAGUGGAUGGUCGUAAGGAUAGCAACAACUACGGCCAGAUCGCUGGCGUCAUACUCAAUGGCGUCCUCCGUCCAGGCGAUACGGAACAGGCGCUGGAAAAACUGCAGGAGAGCACCGAUGCCAACUAUAAGAAAAUCUUUGAGCUGCUCUACGGCCACAGCAUGCAGGUGGAUCUCUUUGCGCGCUACAAUGUCGAGCAGAUUUUCGAUGUUCGCAUCCUCUCAGUGGAUGCACGCUAUCGCGGACAGGGCAUAGCCAAGGAGCUGGUCCGCCGCGCCGAGCAGGUGGCACGCAAAUCUGGCUUCCAGCUGCUCAAGGCCGAUGCCACCGGCAUCUUCUCACAAAAGAUUCUGUGCUCGCAGGGCUUCCAGCCGUUCUCCGAGCAGCUCUAUGCCAAAUAUACAAAUGACGCUGGCGAGAUAAUCUUACCCGUGGAGGCGCCACACAUUAAGCUGCAGCUGCUGACCAAACAGCUCAACAAGGACACUCAGUAG